AUGAAAGUUGCCUACAUUGGAUGUCUUCUGUUGGCGCUCUUUGCGGAUGAAGGCGAAGGCGCCUCUGUCCGUGGAUCCAAAGACGACGUUGUCGCCGUCGAAGCACCCCCUCGAGUCCGUCACUCUUCCAGCACCGCGCUUGUAUCGGUUCCUCAACGUCGACUCGCGGAAGAUGCUUUUGAACCACUCACUUGCAAUUCGAGCUUUUCCAGUUGCAUUCCAUGGACAUCGCGUUGGGGGCGGAGUGCCGUCAAGACCACCCUCAUCGUCAUCCCAUGUGGCCAAUGUAUUGUGAUGAAUCUCGACAGUCCCAAGCUCACCCUGCAAGAAGGUAUCGAUAUCCGGGGUAAGCUCGUAUUUCCCGACCGUUAUGAGCUUACUGUGGAGACACCAGAGGUUGUGGUUCAAGGCGAGCUCGAGAUGAGAAGCUCCAAGCUUGUCGACGGGAGCCCCGCAAUUAAGUUUGUCUUGUAUGGUAACGGUGAUCGACAUUUUGAUCCAGUCAACAACAACAGGAACGCUUGCGGCGGGUCCAGCUGCAACGGAGGGGCUCGCCCCAUUACAGUAGCUGGUGGAAAAGUCAACCUUAAUGGCCUUCCUACAAACACUCCAACCUGGCUACACGUUUACGACGUUAUCGGAAGCUCGGCCAUUGUCGUUUCCAAUUCGGUCCGUAAUAAAUGGGGUGCCGGCGCAACUAUCGUCAUCACCUCUGAGCACCAAGGUUACUUUGGCGAGCAAGUUCGUAAAAUCACCAGCAUUUCGAACGUCGGCUCCAAUAGCGUCCGUCUCAAUCUCGACCAACCCAUCAACCGUCCGGUCACGCUUCGCGACAGCCCAGACUUUGCCACCGAGGUAGCCUUGCUGUCACGCAACAUUGUCUUUGAAGGGGCCCCCGGAACGAAGGGUGGCCACUUUUGGAUCAUGCACACUCCCCGAGUGAGGCAGCGUAUCGAAGGAGUGGAACUCGUUAACUUCGGACAAGAAGGCCUCUUGGGUAGAUACCCAAUCCACUUUCACAUGUGCGGGGAUGUCUCAGGCUCGGUAGUAGUCAAGAAUACCAUUCGCAAUUCCAACCAGCGCUGCGUUGUCGUCCACGGUACCAACAACCUCCUUGUUCAAGAAAAUGUAGCCUAUUUCACCAAAGGACACUGUUACAUGUUAGAAGAUGGCAUCGAGACGGGCAAUCAGUUUAUACGAAACAUUGGCAUACGCACUAUUAAAGCAAAGGUCACUAUUCCGAACAUGGGUAGCAACGGCAGGGAAUCUGAUAGGUCUGCCAGUACCUUCUGGAUCACGAACGCUGACAACUCGUGGAUCGGAAAUGUAGUAGCCGGAUCCGAAGCCCUGGGCUUUUGGUUUGAGCUGUUGGUCCGUGGAAACCUGGCCAACGAGCACCAAGACUUUGAUCCUAUGAUGGUUCCGACCCGCAAGUUCGAAGACAACGUCGUUCAUAGCGUAUUUGGGGUAGGGAUGACCUACUACUUGAGCGGUUACAUCCCGGAAACACUGCAGUACUUCAAAAACAACAAGUUCUUCCGCAACCAUCACCUUGCGCUCCGUAUCCACCGGACACGAAACAUCGUUCUGACUGGCAAUAAGUUCUCGGACAACAGAUAUGCCAUUCAAAUCGAUCGUGACGAAGAAAUUCAUGUCACCGACACAACCAUUGUUGGCUAUUCCGAUCUAUUCAAGGACGUGGUCAGAAGGAAUCGCUUUGCCCAAGCACCUUGCGCCCAAGGGAUAUCUUUCCAAUCGACUAAUCCAUGGAAAGACAAGAUGGAUUCGGAGCUCAACGGUGUCAUUUUGGACAAAGUCAGAUUUUCUGGAUUUUCCAACGCGGUGUGUUCGUCUUCAACCGCAAUCGAGCUGGAUUCCCGACUCGACGGGUACAAAUCGUUCGAGAUGUUCUCACAGUACUCCGGCGCCACCGUAAGUGACGCGAACUCGAUUGACUUUUGUCGUGGAAAGUCUGCCGGUGCACGUGAUGUGUACGUGUCCGAUACCACAGGUUCUCUUCUCGACGGCGUUGCCUCUGCUCCUUCUACUCUGAUGGUCAACUCGCCGGAGCUGGCAAGCUUUGUCAAUCCCAGUGCAUGUACCGAAAACGCAGCUCGAUGCUACACCUACUGUAGCAACACUUGCUUCCGCACCGUUCACUACUACGUCCCAGUGGGCCAAAGUCGAGACUACAAGCUCAAAGUAUGCGACCGCAAGGACGCGUCCGACUGUACCGUACUCUCCGGUUACGUACACUUUAACCACCCCUGGCCUCGCCGAUUUGCCGUGCAUGUCCCGUCAGGACGGGAGUACGACACUUACUUCCUCGACAAGGGAGUGCCUGUGUACCCAACGAAUGUCGAGAUUGUGUUCCAGGAAAAGCUUUGCCCAACGGCACCGGAUGAUGAUGAUAUCGCUCUUCUCUACAAGGCUCGAGGUACCACCUUUCCCCCCACGCCUAGUCCGACGACAGCUCUCGCCGCAUGUGGAAACUUGAUCGCAAACUCGGACUUUGAGCGUGGUUACAACGGAUAUUGGGAUGCACAAGGAGCCGGUACAUUGUCUACCACAGCUGGCUAUAAAUCUGCCACAGCUAUGUACUACGCCUCUGGUAAUCGCAACCGGUACUGGGUGGGACCAUCACACCAAUGGCGAGAAGGUCUGGACUUGAAAUGUCUAAAGCAGGGUACCACAUGGGAGUUUUCUGCUCGCUUGAAGCUUGUCGACUCAACGACUGGAAGGGGAGCCUCAUGUAACACAGGCUCGUCCUCGGAAGGCGAAAUGUGCCCUCAGGUGCAGCUCAUUGUGCGCGACCAAUCUUGGACUCAGCAUUCUUUCCGGAUCAGCGGCUUCGACGGUGGGGACACUUGGGUAGCCAAUGGAUUUAACGAGUUCAAAGGCUAUUGGACAAUCCCAGCGAAUGGUUCAGGAUGGCGAGGGGGUGUCGCAAACAUGCGAGUGAUACUUUCCGAAUUCCCACUUGGUAUGGAUUUGGUUGUUGACGAUUUUGAGUUGACCCAAUUUGUUUAAAGCGACGUACACGUUACCGUUGGAUCGAUUUUGCUGGAAGGGACCAUCCGUGCAUGCCAAUGUUGGUUUCUUGGAAUUUUAAUUUGAGGUACAGUUAAAUCUGGCGAUCGAUGAUUUCGGUUGUGGCCUGAGCAAGACAACAUUUUCGGAUUCCGCCCACAGCCGUACCGUGGUAGAACUACUUGCUUGAAGCUCACUUGCGUGCAAUAGCAUUAAUCCAAGUAUAGCAAAUUCCUUAUUUGUAAGUUGGUUCAAGAUAAUGCUCUACCAAAAAAAGUGCAGGGGCUCCUUCCGGAUCGUCAGUCUCCUCAUG